GGAUUUUCCGCACCAGCUUUCACCAGGUGCACACGACACUCUCACCCAGCUCCUUCCCCGCCUUUUGUCGAGUCUUUGCUUGUCGGAAGAUUGCAUUCUCAGCGUAGCUACUGCAGCUCGGCACAUCGAAGGAAGCAAUCAUGGGCGACGACCUCGAGGCGCGCUUGAAGACGCACCAGCGGGCCUUCGAGGGCCUGAUGUCCUUGAUUCCGGCCAAAGACUACUACGGCAAGGACGAGAGCAUCACCAGUACAGAGUGGACACGCGUGGGGAAGAAGCAGUCCAAAGCAGAGCGACAGGCUGCGAAGCGAGCGAAGCUAGACCCUGCAAACCAUAAGAGUGCCCUCGAUGUGUUGGAGGAAAAUGCUCGGAAACGGAAGCGGGAGCUCGAGGCUGAGGCCGAAGCCGACGGCAACGACUCUUCCGACCUGGACCUGGACAUUGAGCGAGAGAAGCCCGGUGAAGGCAUGAGAACACCGGCUUCCAAGGCGAAGAAGCAGAAAACCACCAAAGACGACGCCGACGCCGACGCUGAUGCAACCUCGACCCAGCAGACCAAGGACGAGGAGAAGAAGGUGGCGAGGGAAGCGCGAGCCAAGGCAAAAGCCGACAAGAAGCAACAACAACGUGAGAAGAAGAAGGAGAAGCAGGCACAGAAGCAACAAAACCAGCAGUUGAAGAAGGCACAGCAGGACGAGUUCAGCAGAGGCUUGACCGACACCAAGGAGUCAGACGACGAAGAUGAGGAGGCUUCCGACUCGGCGGGUGAUGAAGUAGAGCACGAUGACGACCAAAUUGAAGCUAUGGAUGUCAGCGGUCUAGUCGAGGAAGAGCAAUCUACCGCUACACCCUCGGCUGCGGACUCCACCGCCUCCACAGCGUCCGUGGCCUCUAAUGCAUCGUCUUCAUCAUCUAUGCCACCGCCGUCCGAAAUUCCGCACAAGAAGGAAAAGAAAUCGCUUAUACCCAAUCAGCAGAAACACGAAGAGUUCCGCGCUCGCCUCCAGGCACGGCUUGAGGAAAUGCGUGCCAAGAGAAAGGCUGAUGGUCCCGACGGACGGCCCGCAAAGAACCGCGCUGAACUGAUCGAGGCUCGGCGGAAAAAGGAAGCAGAGCGCAAACAGGCAAAGAAGGCCCAGCGCCAACUGGCACAGGAGGAUGAGGAUCGCCUCAAGGCAGAGGAGCAGCUCGCGCGGAUACGCGGUGGAUCUGGUUCUCCCUCCAUCUUUUCACAUCGCUCUUCGCCCGACCGAGAGCGAAACCUGAGUUUUGGCCGUGUAGCGUGGAGCGAUGGCAAGCAGCUCGAAGGCGAUCUUUCAGGGUUCCGCGAAUCGAAGAAGUCCAAGGGCAAGUCGGACGCCAAAACCGCUCUCGAAGCAGCCAAGAACAAGCAGGCGCGUCUUAAUGCGCUUGACGAGGAGAAGCGCAAAGACAUCCAAGAGAAGGAUCUCUGGCUCAACGCAAAGCGAAGAGCGCAAGGCGAGCGGGUACACGACGACCCUAAGCUUUUGAAGAAGAGCGUCAAGCGUAUGGACCAGGCUAAGGCCAAGAGCUCGCGGGAAUGGGGCGACCGUAAGGAAGCAGUCGAAAAGGGCAAGGAGCAGAGGCAGAAGAAGCGUGAGGAGAACUUGCGGAAGCGGCGAGAAGAAAAGGGAGUAAAGGGCAAAAAGAAGGCAUCGAAGCCAGGGAAGAAGGUCAAGAAGCGGGCCGGUUUUGAGGGAACGUUCAAAGCCAAAUAAGGGCGCUUUAAAGUAGUAGCCUCUGUGUAUAUUGGAUUAGCGUAGCAUUUUUGGCGUAGCGGCUGAUGAAUGGAU